AUGACUUCUGGAUCGGCUUAUGCAGGUUGGAUACAUGAAACGUUUGUGGAGCGGUAUAAUCAAUGGUCGUGCGGAACUGAUACUGAAGUCACGAACCUCAUUGCUGGUUGUAAGAAUAAAUUCAUACUCGGGACACGCAUGCUGCUCGGCUAUCCAAAAACCGCUUUCAGACAAUAUUUCCGUUCUAAACACGAUUCUGAAACUAUUAGCCAUUACUUGGUUCACCGAGCCAUAGACAAUGCAUAUAUCAGCAUAGACCGACGCCAGUCGUCCACUUUCCAUAUCUCCAGCUACUUAGAUCUGCAAAAGAAAUACAAAAAUUCAGGAUAUACACAUCGUUUGCUGAUCAUCAAUCGCUUUGAUGUGCUUCGUCAGUGGCUUGGGCUGUGUGACAAGCAGCAUUCAUGCAUGCAGGAAAGGCGUCAGGUCGUGCCAAAGCGCGUUAUUUUCGUUGGAACAGAUCAUUCAGAUCACCUGCAACUCCAGGAGUCCGCACACAUAACACAGCCAUUUGACUAUAUAACGCUAUCGCACUGCUGGGGCAAGCCGACCGAUGAGGAGAUGGAGAAAUUCCGUACCACACCUCGGAACUACGAGAAACGACUAGAGGGGUUCAGCUAUCACAGCCUUCCAAAAGUUUUCCAGGACGCUAUUACAGUGACCCGAGAAUUGAACAAGCAGUAUCUUUCGAUUGAUGCUCUCUGCAUCAUUCAAGGUGACCAGAAAGACUGGGAGGAGGAAGGUGCAAGGAUGGACAAAGUAUUUGCCUCUGCAUACUGCACGAUCGCGUCAAGUUCAGCAUCCGGUUGGAAUGAUGGCUUCCUCAAUCGCACUCAGGAUUUCUGUCAAUCAGAGGUAGUCAAUUCCCUUGGUCAAAAGAACAUUGAUGACUUCUGUAAGCUUGUUGAUGAAGGCCAACUGCAUACACGGGCCUGGGUGUUGCAAGAAAGAGCGCUUUCUCGACGAACUAUUUAUUUCACUGCACAACAGACAUACUGGGAAUGUGGAAGGGGAGUUCGGUGCGAAAAUUUCACCACAUUAAGAUGUCCUAUUACUAGAUUAUAUCUACUUGACUCACGGUUUCCUGAGCGGCUCGUAAUCGCAGGUUAUAAAUCUGUAGCCUUAUUUCUCCAAGAGCUUAUCACGGACUACUCUCGUCGUGAUCUUACCUUUCCGGAAAAGGAUAAGGUAGUUGCAUUUUCCGGCAUAGCUGAGCGUAUUAAGGAAGCUCUAGCUACUGAAGUCAGAUACGGUGUCUUCCGUUGCUUUCUUCCUCGGCUCCUCUUGUGGAAGCGGGCUGGAAUGGUCCCAAGGCACCAAAGCCUAAGCUUUGACAACUCCGAGCGCGGCAUCAAUAUCGAAGUUCGACAACUUGAAGAUUGUUAUACGCGAGAAAGGGAUGGAGAGCAUAUAAUAUUCACCAAGACAAAGAAGGUCGAAGUUACAACGGAAGUCGAAGCUACGAAGGAAGUCGAAGUCGGCAUCCUACAUUUCGACAUGGGUUCGGCGGCCGAGGUUGAGUCUCGAAACUGUGUCGUCAUCGCAAUGAGUCAAGAUGACGAUAAGGAUGACCCUAACAAGGAAUACUAUAUACUUGCCGUACAAAGAACAUCGGGAAAGGAAGAGUAUGAAAGGCUGGGAGUUGGGCGAGUGCGAGCAUGCUACGUCUCGAAAGGAAGUAUUCCUGGGAAGCUUCUGUGACCUGGCCGUUUCCCUCUUUUCCCUGUCAUUUGACAAAAGCAGCACGAUAGUACGAUGACUCUUUUAUUGCUCAAGUUGAACAAACCGAAGUGGGACUUAGACGGAGCUUUCUGGUCUUCAGCAGAUAGUUAGACGAAAGGCAAACUAUCAAAGGUAUUUCGGGUUAGUACUGUAUCUCAUCUCUGCUUGCCGUGCCGUCAUGAAGUCCACACUUGCUCUGAGUAUAUCGACGGUUAGGGUAUCUCGUAUAUAAGAAUCAAAGCACCGUAUAAUCAAAUCAUUCCUGUUUUAGUUCGGCGUCUUUCGUAAUCACUGUGUAGAAUAGACCUGGGAUCAUUAG